CUUCACCAUUUGAACGGGCAAAGAAGAAGCCGAGCAACUCACUUUACCGGUAAAUGGGAGGGUCACGCUUUUCAUUUGCCAUUUAUUAUCAUCAUUAUUACGAUACGAUUAGGAUUGUAUUAUGAUGAUGAUAAUUAUGAUUUAGGAUUAGGAAGUGCUCAGGUAAUUCUCUUGAACCGCAAAUAUAUCACAUCGUCUUCUCCAUACCCCACUCCAACCCUUCCUCCCCACUCAUCGUCUACCCGAUUCUUUCUGGAUGACCUUUCGAGUUGGUGUUUAGAUAUACCAUUUUUUUUAGUAACUGAGGAGGAUGUCAAGUGGGAGAUACACACACUGGUGCUACCAAUGCAGGCAACCGAUUAAGCCUAGAGGGUCUAAUGUUCUUUGCCCAUACUGCCAUGGAGGUUUUGUGCAAGAUCUGUAUGAGGUGGUGGGAGGAGGAGAACGGGGUCAUUUUGCUCCAAAUAUGGAUGAGGAUUUGGAUCAUCACUACUCUAGAUUCAGAGAACCGUUCCCUGACCCAAGAUUUGGGAUAGUGGAUGCACUUGAAGCAUUUACGAGGCAAAGAGUGACCGGAAGAAACCCCAAUUAUGAUAUUAGGUCAAGAUCUGGCGUUAUGCCAGAGAACAAUAUGGCUUUAAAUUCUGGGCCCGCUGGCCCAUGGUUGAUAUUUCAUGGCCAAUCUCCUGUCCGCGUGGCACAAGAUAAUGCAUUUGAGAACUUUUUCCAUGGAAGUCCAAGAAUGGGGCAUCGCCAGGCUAAUUAUGACAAUUUCCUUAUGGGACCUGGACUACAACAGCUGAUUGAGCAGCUUAGUAUGAACAGCAGGCAGGGCCCUCCACCGGCACCUCGUUCUGCAAUUGAUGCCAUGCCCACCAUCAGGAUAACCCAGAGGCAUCUCAGUACUGAUUCACAUUGCCCGGUUUGCCAAGAUGAGUUUGAAUUGGGAUGUGAAGCCAGGCAGAUGCCGUGUAACCACCUAUAUCACUCUGACUGUAUCGUCCCAUGGUUGGUCCAGCACAAUUCUUGCCCAGUGUGCCGCCUUGAGCUACCGCCGCAUGUAUCUGGGAGAAGGCGUGCUGACUGGAGUUCAAGAAGAAACAGUGGGUCCCUCAGCAGAAACAGUGGGUCCAGCACCAGUAAUAACAGCCAGAACCAAGGAGGAAGGAGUCCUCUCUCAUUCUUAUGGCCGUUUCGGUCAUCAAACCAGGACACUAGUAACUCUGCAGCACCGUACGAGGAAGAAAAUGAAACAUAUUACUCAGGGUGGCAUUAUACCGACCAGUAACUGCUGGUUUUCUCCUUCACUGUUUUGUGCUUAAAACCUACUUUUAAAGGACUAUAUUCUAUGUGUUUUUUGUUCUUGUAAGCCAAGGGUGCUGCUUGGACUGGAAGUCAAUCAUGAAAAUAUCACUGAUCACAACUCACAAGCAUGCAUUGGGAAGCCAUGUAAAUGUUCUUAAACUACCCUUUACGUAUUUUCAAAAUGUUGUGAUCAGCAUUGUGCCUGUUUUUGUAUUAUCGUUUCCCUUUACCCGUAAGUGUAAAGAUAUGAAGAUUGAUAACAUAAUGUUACCAAAUUCCAUCACAGCUUUAGUUCAUCAACAUUCUAGAUGAGAUAUACCUUCAGCUCAAUUUGGCAUGUGUGUCUGGUCUCUAGGGAUAUCCAGGAUUUUUGUGAAGAGGAUGGGAUUCUGGGAAGGGUGAUUACUUAUUUAGUUUUUUUUACCAAUUUUGUAUAUCUCUAUUUACUAAUCAUACAUUGGAAACAACUGUG